AUGGCCGCGGUCCCGACCGCGGCCAACGAUAUCGAACGGGGCAACGGCACUGGCCGUCGACAACAACGCGGUGACCGGCUGGCGCCGAGAUUCCUGAACGGGCACCGCGUCGCCUGGACGUGCACGCAGCGGCCGGUCGGAGCGACGUCCAACCGCGACGUCGUCGACGCUCCGCCGGCGCACGUCAGUUACGAGCCCGGCAACGUCGUUUUCACCCGCAUGCAAAUGGCCGGCGACAGGGCGUUUAUAGUGUCCCCGCGAUACAGGUGAGUCGUAAACUCGAUCGGGUUUUCACCGGAACCGAGCCGAUAACUAGUUGGCUGGUUGACUAGUUGGCCGGCAAGUUUCAAGUUUGUGUUUAGAAUAUUAACUCCCUCGAAGCGACAUCGGGUUCGGACCAACAAUCUCUCCCGGCACCUGGUUUUUCUUAAAUACUGUUGUGUAAAUAAUAAUAGUACUUAAACAUUUUAUCGUUGUCCGCUCCCCCGUAACAAAAUCACACGACUACCGCCGGUCGCUUCACUCACAAUCGUAUGUUCACGACCGUAGGCCAGGCGUUCCGUUCACAUUGAGUUACGUCUUGUUGACCGACUGCCGUACAUCCGAGGGGAGAAAUCCCGCCCCGUGCAACGGUGACGUUUUCCAUCCGGUGUCGCCGUACCCUUCACUUCGGGCCCACUGCCAGUUUUCCAAGUCCUCGGCAAAAUCGCACGGCGGCGAGCGUACGUGCGACAACGAGGGUCUCGUGAACGUGGUGGACGCGUACUUGGGGCCCGACGGUGUGCUGUGGGUGCUCGACGUUGGCGUGAUCAACACGCUUGCGCCGGCCAACACGCUCGUCAAACCGAAAAAGUACACCGAACCGAAGGUCGUGGGCAUUGACGUGGCCACCGGACGCGUAAGUACGUCACACGACGUGAUAAAAUUACCGGACAGAUCCGCCAGCGAGUAGAUCGCGGGACAAUGUUAGAGCGUAGGAUAUACAGUCUCCGGGUCGCGUGCAAAGGGGGAACACCACAAUCAUAGACGUGUGCGGGACAUUUUCGCGGACCGCGGCUCAGAGGAAACGAGCAAUUAUUCCUUCGGUCUUGUAUUCCAUACCGUGAAAAAGUAGAUGGCGCGAGCGAAAUUCCGAUUCAUUGUAAAUCGUAUUUGUUUACCACGUUUAACAGGCACCCGCGUUUCGCGAACGCGUCACCACUGAAUACACGAGUAUCGGUAGCCAUAAAAAAAACGACCCGAUACGUUUUUAUAAUUUAAUCGUUACCGAUAAUACGUCGUUGAAAAUUUACAAAAACCCAAUGUUAUCGCUAUUGUACAAAACACUUCGAAAAACCCCGAGGCAGUGAUGAUGAGUUAAAUCGCAGUUAAUAGCGGCCGGGCGGUUUGAAUUAUUAUCGAGUAACCAUUCGAUCGCGAUUUCAUAUACCCGUGAGUUUAUGCGAAAUUUCGAUUUCAGCCCAGGAGACGUGCCGCGGCACAUCCGACGCACCCCGCGCGCGAGCCCAUAACAAUCGUAAAACAUUGUGGAGUUGUAACUUAUAAACGGGUGCCACAGUCGUUUACUACACACACACAAACACACACACACACACGCGCUUGUUGGUUUUCGUAUAGACUGUGCACAAGAUUGAAUUGAAAACGCUAUUGCCGUUCGACGGCGACUUCGGCGACGAGAAAGCGAAAAUCACGGGCCGGUCGCUGCACACCAUUGCCGUAGAGUACGAGGACGACGAGAGCGCCGGCGACGGUAGCGGGUCGCCUGCCACUGUUCCGAAACAGGUCGACCAGUCGCCGGGUACGACCGCCGGCGACGGACCGGGCCCGUCCGGCAGCGCACCCGUAGACGGUCACGAUGACGACCGCGGGAAUCGCCGACCCGCACGCCGGAAUCGCGAAAAGCCAGCCAGACCCGUGGCGGUGUACGUGGGCGACGCGACCGACGGUGGUCCGGACAGGGGCUCGUUCGUUGCGUGGUCGGUGAGAGACGCCCGGGGAAUCCGCGUCAGGUUGCCGGUUUCCGUUUCGGCGGCGCGCGGGCCAGGCGGCACUGGCGACUACGCGGACGCGGACGACCCGGACGCGGAACGGAAUAUGUUGCACCUAGCGCUGUUGGACGAGAGCCGUCCGGCCGGCCAAGUCGUACGCCACCUGUACAUAACGUACGGCCGACACCCGUACGCGUACAAGAUACCCGUGAACGUGAUCCGAGAUCGACGCCGCGGGGCAAACGACGACCGUUCCGAGCUGCGGUUGACCAAGUGUGGCGUGCGUGGCUGCGGUACGGGUGGAAUCCGGUGCCUCGUGAACGUGGGCCGGAAACCCGUGGGACCGGAUCGCCGGCCGCUGGUGCCGAUCGAUUCGGUGUACGGCCGCCUGUGGUAUUACCGCGGCGGCACGUCCGCGCACGGUUCGGACCUUUACGUCUGGGACUCGCGAAAACCGUUCCACGCGGAACACUUCCGGCGGGUCGGCGGAGACGACGGUCCCCCGAGUGUGCGGAAAGACUGUUCGUGCGGCGACGGGGAUGAAGAAGACGCUGGCGCUGGCGGCGAUCGCCCGCGUCAGCCGCGGCUAGUGACGAAAGGCCUGCGGCCGAGAGACGACGGCAACGCUGAUGGCGUCGCGAGUCGGGGUGGCAGGGCAAGCGGUGGCGGUGAUAAAGACGACGACGAAACCGGCGAAAGUCGCGACGCAUUGAACAAAACUGCAACGGCCGGCCGACAACCGGUGCGGGGCCGAGCGGCGUGGAUCGGCUGCAUGCAAAUAACGUCGGUAGAUUACUCGAGUUGGGAUCCGGUGGCGAACGACGCGAGUUCCGACGGUUACGGUACGCUGUGGACGUUCCGUAGCAAUUUUCAUGACUCGAUACGCGGUCGGACGGGACGUUUCGGUCCGAUCGCAUUGUUGAGUCCAUUCACGUCGGACUGCAAUUUAUGA